AUGCUCCUCAUGUUCUUCCUCUUCGGCGCGCUCGCCCUCCUCUCCCAGAAGUGCACCAGGUACCUGCCCCUGACUGACGGCGAGCUGUGCCUGGUGGCGGCGGCGGCGUUCACAUCUGAAUUCCUCCUCUUCUCCUACUACUCGGCCAACCACACAGGCCUAGAGGGCUACUACCACCACCUCCUCGUCAUCCUCAUUGGCCUCUGCAUCCUCACCACCGUCCUCGGCGCGCUCCUGCCGGAGAGCUUCCCUGUCGACGUCGCCGCGGGCACGCUCAUCGUGCUGCAGGGGAUGUGGUUCUACCAGACGGCGCUCACGCUCUACGGGCCCAUGCUCCCGGACGGGUGCGACCGCAAUGCCAAAGGCGACGAGGUGGACUGCGGCAGCCGCGCCGCGGAGGAGCGCGCCGAGCAGCUGGCUAACUUCCAGCUAUUCUGGGCCGUGUUCGUCGCCUUCGUCUACGUGCUUGGGUGCUACGCCGUCGCCGCGGCGAGGUACGGGCACCCGGACUUGGUGGCGACGAAUGGGGAGCACGUCGCCGCCCUGGAGUGCCAUGGCGGCCGUGGCGGCGCCAGCGCAGAGGAGUGCGUCGUCUAG